UAAUAAAAACUCUGUGCUGCUGCUGCUUUGAGAGGAUGACAUUUGAAACUUGUGUAGAAAGAAACAUGUCGUAUCUUGCAAAAACGGACGCUUAUUCAACGGCACCUUUUUGGCAAAAUGGGCCAGCACCUGGCGCAAUAUAUAAUUUUCCAGGCCCAAAUGCGGGUCUUUCUGGUGGUUUCCAAAGAUCUCAAUCCCCCAUGACUACAGGAACUUCCGUAGUCGGAGUUCAAUUUAAAGACGGAGUCGUCAUAGCUGCUGAUAUUCUCGCGUCUUACGGCUCUUUGGCAAGAUACAGAAACUGCGAACGUAUAAUGAAAGUCAAUGACAACAUUAUACUAGGCGCAGGUGGAGACUAUGCUGACUAUCAAUACAUUAAGAACAUCAUUGAACAAAAAACUCUAGAAGAGCAGUGUUUGGACGAUGGUUUCAAGCUCAAGCCAAAAUCUUUGUACUGCUGGUUGACACGAGUAUUAUACAAUCAACGUUCCAAAUUUGAUCCGCUGUGGAACAACUUCAUAAUAGCUGGUUUAGAAAAUGGAGAACCUUUCAUGGGAACGGUAGACAAGCUCGGCACAGCUUAUACAGAUCCUGUAAUAGCUACCGGCUACGGUGGCUACAUGGCUACACCCCUAUUGCGCAAAGCUUAUGAAAACAAUAAAGAAAUGACCCAAGAAGAAGCUCUGGGUGUACUUUAUAAAGCGAUGCAGGUUCUUUACUACAGAGAUGCCAGAUCUUUCCCAAAGUACCACGUGGGAAUAAUAACGAAGGAACGCGGCGUAGAAAUCAAGGGACCAAUUUCUCUCGACAGUAAUUGGGAAAUUGCUGUGCUCCAGAAAUAAAUAAUUCUCUUUUAUUGUUUCGCAUUAAAUAAGUAAACCAUUACAUGUCUAAGUGGUUGAACGAUCGCGCAUUUCGUCAACGAUGAAUUUUCAAUAAAACGUUUUCUUCAAAAGUA